AUAUAGCAAAUAGCAACGGAUGACGCUUUCCGUUACAGUUAGAAAUUUGAUGGAAGAUGAUAUUCUGUAAAGUUUUACCUAUUCAUAACAUACGUCUGGGAAUUAUCAAACUCUUUGAUAUGAAGUAGUGGCUGACAUUCCAGAAUAACAAUGGCAACAGCACGCAUCGCAAUAAACAACAAUUUCAGCAUGCAGAAGCCUAUAAGACCAGAACCACAUCGUAGUCAUGCUCCGGCCCCUAGCAGACAGUACCAGUGUGCUGAGCAUGGUAAAGACAUUCUCAACCAGCUUCAUCAGUUGUGGAAGCAGCGGAUCUUGUGCGAUGGUAACAUCAUUGCCAAUGGUCACCAUUUUGCUGUACAUCGCGCUGUGCUUGCUUCCUGCAGUGAGUACUUCAGGUCAAUUUAUCUUGAGAAUGACAACGUCCGUGACGUCCAACUCCACAGUAACAUCACCAAGGACAGUCUGGAGUUGCUCCUGCACUAUGCUUACACCUCUCAGAUAGAACUCACCCUGGAGAAUGUCCGCAAGGUUGUGUCUGGAGCCGUUCAGUUGAAAAUGAAGCGUGUCAUCGACAUCUGCAUUCAGUAUCUGACGUCUGUCCUGGCCGUUGAGAACUGCAUCGGAAUCCUCCACCUCUCCAGGAAGUUCUGUUUCAAGCAGUUGGAGCAGGAUGUGCAUGAGUUCAUCGUUGAUAACUUCUUGACUGUAGCAGAGAGACCAGAGUUCCAGUCCCUCAAGUAUGAUGAUAUGUGUUUUUUCCUCAAGCAAGACCGCAUGUCCAUUGUUUCUGAGUUUCAGCUCUUUGGAAUUGCAGCUCGCUGGAUAAACCAUGAUAAGCAGACAAGAUUCAGACAUGCAGCUCACCUGAUGAAGCACAUUCGAUUCCCAUUGAUAUCAAGUGAUGACCUGGUGGAACACGUCCAGUCACAUGACUUCAUGAUGCAAGAUCAGGCAUGCCAUCGAUUCCUGAUAGAAGCCUUAAACUACCACCUGGUGCCUCACCGCCAGCCGGCCAUGCAGACCCCUCGCACCCGCAUCAGGUCGACCAAGGAAGCCAUCGUGACCAUUGGAGGUGAACUGCCACACCAUAGAGUGAGUAACCUGGUUAUUGCUAUGGAUGAACUACACAGCGGCUGGAAGGAACUAUCUAGGAUGCCUCUGAAGCGGGUGGAUCACUGUGUGGUGGUCCUCAAUCAUUUUGUUUAUGUUGUCGGUGGGCAGGUGACAUUGAACUCCAAUGGCAAGGAGAGCAUUGGAACUGUUCAUCGGUAUGAUCCUAGGUUCAACAAAUGGCUUCAGAUGUGUCCUAUGCAACAGAGAAGAGCAUUCUUCUACUUGGCUGGGGUUGGAGGCAGCUUGAUAGCUGUGGGAGGUAAGAAUGAACAGGGUGCCCUGGCUUCAGUUGAGAUGUUCAAUCCGACAGAGAAUAGUUGGAAAUACCUGCAUCGCUUGGAUGAACCAACAUAUGCCAUGUCUGGAACUGUCGUAGAUGGCCACCUAUACAUCAGUGGAGGAUUUGCCACCCACAACUUCAGCCGGAUGUGCUACAUGUACAACGGAGAGAUCGACCACUGGAUUCCCAAGUGCAAAAUGAGUGUUGCUAGAGGGUUUCACAUGAGCUGCACUAUCCGUGGAAUGAUGUAUGUUAUGGGUGGGAACCAUUUGAACUCCUAUGGAGAUCGGGUAGACGUGAUGGGAGUUGAGCGGUACAACCCUCAAGAAGAUACCUGGAUCACCAUGUCACCCAUGCUGACUGGACUUAGCAUGGCAGGAUGUACAACAACGGAAGACAAGAAGAUCUAUGUUGUUGGUGGCUACAAUGGCCUUGGUCGGCAGCGUGAGAAGGACAUUCAUUGCUACAAUGUAGACGCAGAUGAGUGGGACGUGGUUGCAGAGCUUCCAGACUCGAGUUUAAGAAUGUCUUGUUGCACAUUGACUCUUCCAAAUAGCGUCUUCAACGGAUCAUCUCCUACUGCCGACUCCUUGUCGACUUCAGACUCUCAUUUCACUUCUGUUUCACAGCUGAACGAGAAUUACUCGGGAAUGAGUAACAGUGGAAGUACUGUCUUAAUGAACAGGUAACACAAUAUCGUUAAAAAGUUACAAGGGUGUGUAGUAUACUAGCCAGUUUAACAUUCCAUUGGAGUUUAGUAAUCUUUCAUGUAUGCUUUUAAUCUUAAUACAGGUACUUAAACAGAUCAAUGCCAAUAUUAUCUAUUGAAAUCAUGAGGUUGCUAUUUUGACCAAAUCCAUUUUCAGUGAGCUCAUCACUUGUUGGCAAUAAACAUUUUUAAUAAAUUGACAUUUGAAAUUGAAAAAAAAAGUACUACUUUAUAACAUAGCAGGAUUGAAGUACUGUGCCUGUACUCAUAUCUUUGCCAAACAUUUUCAAAAGUAAAUUUAUAAAUCCACAAAUGUAAACUUGUGGGAUUGUCUUUCUGGUGGUGUGAAAAUAUAAAAUUCAGUGUUACUGAAACUGAAAGGUAAGAUUUGUCUUUGCUUGAAAUGCUUAUAUAUUUUUUUUCAUUGUACAUUUUAUGAAGAAAAUUAACAAGUUUUGGUUGUGACAAACAAAUGAUUGCGUACAUGUUCAAUGUAUACACAUUUUUUGGCAAUACAUGUACCUGUAUAUCAAAUGGUUUACUAUUUGAUCUGUUUUAGGAAGCUUUGUACAAUAAAGCUUGAGGAAUCUGAUGAGAUAAAGAUGAAUACAGUAUUAGCAAGGAAUUGGUAGUGAGACGAUUCUCUGAAGUGAGUGCUUUUCAUUGCUGUUUAUUGAAUUGAGUGUUUUGGGAUUUUUCUUUUGUUCUAUAUUUCAAAAUCACUGCCAAUUCAUUACCAGAUUAUAUGAAUAUGUAUACCCUAAAUCAUAUGAUGUAGUAGUACACAUGGGUGUAUGAUCAAAGUUAAGAUUAAUUGCACAGUUUUGUUUUCAUUUGAAAUAGAAUUCAUUCCAAUUAAAUAACUGGGUUGCAAUUGUCAUGAUGUAAUCUUUGUCUAUCUGGUCAAGUCCCUCAAUUUGUAAGAUAAAUAUUCAAUGAGCGCUUUUGAAGGAAAAUGAAAAAAAAAGGUUGGGAGAGGCCACUACUUGUAUACAUGUAUUUGUUUGAUUUGAAUAUAUGUUC